AUGGCUCCCGCCCCGGGUCUCACGCGGAGCUGCCCCCUGCCUCCGCACACACUGGCCUCUCCUUCUUUAGUCUCACAGCUGAAUGUCUUAAUAGAGUCACUGCUAGGAACAUUGGAAAAUGUCUGCAAGUCAUCGCGCCAGACCUACCCAGAUCUCUGCCCAUUGAAACAGUGGGAAACAAGUGAACUCAGUGUGUGUGCCAGCCGUGUGGAUGAAGCUCCACAUGCAGCCCCAUCUCCUCCCCGGGCCUUGGCCCUUCUCAGGAGCGGGAUCCGCCACAGUGGUCAUGGGGUGUCUUCGGGUGUCAAUGAAGGAGCUGGGGGUGCUGUGUGUGCACACCCCUUUGUGCACGUGAGUGUGCGCGGGGAUGUGUCUGCAUGCGGCUGCAGUGAAAUCAUGUGA